AUGCCAGAGUACGACAGUCAAAAGGCCGCCAAAGCGAUUGAAGGGGCGAUCGAUUUCGCUUCAGUGGGACUAAAACUCUUCGUCCCUUUCCAAAAGAAACAACAGCUGCUGGAGCAAUCGGCCGACUGCAUCGCCGUACAGACGCUGCUGAAGACACUCGGGAUCGAGUUUCAAAUCGUAGAAGCGGCGAACACAGAGUGGAGAUCGAGAAACGGCAAUGUUCCUGUCCUCUCCGACAAGUCGAAGAUCUACUCUGGCGUCAAGGAGAUUCAGGAAGUGUUGAAGAAGAAGGAGAUCGUGCACACGCCCUCUCCCGAAGACAGUGAUCUCGAGAAACGUCUCUUCAGUCUAAUAGACGUCCUCAAGCGCGUGGAACUGUAUCACUCAUGGCUGGACCAAACGACUGUGCUCAAUGUGACGAAGAAGAGAUACACCGAACCACUGGAUGUUUACUGGUUUUUCCGUGGGUUCGUGUUUAAAAAUAGACGCGAUAACGUGCUCAAACACCUCGCUCUCCACAAUUGGGACGUUAUGACAAGAAAAGACGUACUCCGCGAGUUCGCAAAUGUACUCGCUGUGUUUUCGGGUGUUCUUGGAGAGAAGACGUAUUUAUUCGGCGAGCGCAUCUCCGAGCUCGACUGUUUGCUGUUCGGCCAUUUAUAUGCGAUUUUAACGACCAAGUACGUCGGCACUUUCGGCGGCGACCUGCAGCAAACCAUCGCCAGAUUCAACAACCUCAUCAACCACACGAAAGAGCUAGAUAGACUCUCCUGCUGGGGCCGUUUCUAG